AUGGAAGGGCGUGUCAUCGGCAAUGCGCAGGCAUCGUCAGACUCCAUCAGCCACUUCCUCUCCCUGAUGACACCGGCGGCUGACGAUGUCAUCCGGUCCACGAAGGCAUACCUCCCGCUCAAGAACUUCGGCAUGCCUCUAAGAAAGCCGGAAACAGAGAAGGGGUGGCAUCACUUCAGUGAGGUGGCAAACGAGAUUGAAGCCUUUUGGAGCCAUAGUUGGCACGGCAGGGCCUGGCAGAAGAUCCUUACGCUUUUGAUCCUCUACAACUCCCGGAGGGCCAUGGCGGUCGCAUCUUUCGGCGCCUUGCUUGCCAGCUGCCUUUAUGCAGCUGAAGUUCUGCCGGGUUAUGAUGUGACGGUAGAUGAAGACCAUUUCAACUCUAUCUGGGCCCUUGCAACUGGUUGCUGCCUCUACUUAGUGCUCUUGUGCGGGGGUCGACCCCGGGAAGGUGUUUUCUUGGAUGUCGUGUGCAUCGAUCAGCUCGACAGGUCUCGUAAACUCCUGGGAAUCAGGAGCAUCGCAGCCCUGAUCAAACGAACGAAGGCUAUGAUUGUGCUGUGGGAUUCCACCUUCUCACGACGUAUGUGGUGUUUGUUCGAGCUCGCGGCUUUCCUCCACAGCCGUUCUCCCGGUGAGAAACCGCGGCUCAUCAUUCGGCCCACGAUCUUCGGCCCUACCUUGUUUUUUCUGACCGUCGCAAUGGCACUGUUACAGGCUAUUGUCAUGUUGAUGCAGGAUUUCAGCAGCACCGCUUUUCCGAUGGAAGGCAUUGUGGUCUGUGUAGCCUGCUAUGUGAACGUUGUUACGUACCGAAGCUAUUUUCGGUCCAUCGAAGAGCUCCAACGCCAACUUCGUGCAUUCUCGGUCCAAGAUGCGACCUGCUACUGCUGCAGCAAGGGACACCGGAACCGUUCGGCUUGUGAUAAGGACAUGCUUCUGGGUUGCAUCACUGUGUGGUUCGGCAGUGUUGAAGUCUUCGAAGAGCGUGUGCGGACGGACGUCUUAGACUGCCUUUUGACACAGCUUUCUCAAGACUUUUUCUCUUACAGGCAGUGCAUUGUCGCUUUGUGCCCCAUCUUAUGGUCUGGUCUGGACUUCGCAUCGGGUGGUUGGCUGUGGUGCAAACACUUGAAUCAGUUGCCUGGCUCGGAUGGAUAUUGUGGAAACUCGGAAAGGGGGUCACCGGCCGCCUUCCUGGCAAAUUGGUUGAUCCGUGCUGCUGUGUGGUGGCUCGGUGCCGUGCCGUUGAACGUACUCCUUGGCAUGAGGGCCAUGUAUUAUCUGCGAAGGAAGUGCCGACGGCGGAUGCUAGAUGAGAUCGUCAACUUGGUCAUCCUGCUCUUCAUCGCGGCCCUGACUGUAGGCAUGACGGGGCUGGAAUGGUAUUGUUGGCAUGUUUUGAGGUAUAUGCUCCCAGUCUCGUAUGAUUACAUGCAAAUGUGGACCGGGAUGGUUCUCUUUGGUGCAUUCGUGUUUCCCUUUACUGCGUGUUUCUUUUCCUGCUCCGGCUGGAACUGGGGCAAGGUGGCCCCGAGCCAUCUUGCCGGUACGUCGGCAAUGCGGCAUGAAGCUGUAUAG